UGUACACUCCGAAGUCUGUACUGUCCCAGGAGCCUGCAGGAGAGAUAUUCGAAGGAGACUCAGUGACCCUGAACUGUAGGGUUUAUGGCUGGAGAUAUCUCUGGUAUAAAGACAGUCAGUCCAGUACUCCAGUGUACCAGACUGACAGCAGCAGUGGAACUGGAGCCGGAUACACAAUCAGAGCUGCUGCUGUGUCCCACAGUGGAGAGUACUGGUGUCGAGCUGAAAGGGGGAGCAAACCGUUUUACUCACAAUACAGCAGUGCUGUCAGGAUACAAGUAUCACCGCUGCCCCAGACUACACUCACCCUGGAGCCUCCACUCCCAGAGAUAUUCACCGGGGAGGCAGUCACUCUGAGGUGUGGGGUUCAGGGGGGUUCUGCUGGCUGGAAAUAUCUCUGGUUCAAAGACAGUGAGGACACUCCAGUGCUCCAGACUGCUGGCCGCAGUAUAACUGAUGACAGCUACACCAUCACUGCAGCUGCUGUAUCUGACCAGGGCCAGUACUGGUGUCGAGGACAAAGAGGAGAUGAGCCACUCUCCUCACAGCUCAGUGAUAAAGUGAUAUUAAACAUAACUGGUGAGUUUAUUAACCCAUCUGAAUGCUCCAAAUAG